GGUGCGCCGCAUGGACUUCCUGCAGUACUUCAGCUUCCAGAAGAGCGACCGAGGCUGGGACACGGGGAGAUGCGAAUCCGAGUGCAAGAGGUUGGCGGCCAAGAAAAACCCGAGCAACUCAGACAACAAAGGUCAGGAACAAGGGUACGAGUUGAGAAUGGACAUCUUGGUCGGGGAAUUCAAGGAUGUCGGCACGCCCCGCAGGGAAGAGAAGGACACGUGGGACAUGAGAUGCAAACAGUGCGGCAGGGAGCUCACGGUGAACGCCAAGAAGCAGAAGACGGUGUCGGAGGAUCAUUUCCAAAGAAUGAUUGAGGAGACUGCACAGGGCCACGGAUCCUUCGGGGAUGGCCCUUGCUCCAGCACGGCCAAGAGUUUCGGGGCAGACGUGAUUUCCCGCCGCGCUGACUUCGCAACAUCUUCUGCUGAACCAUUGAUGGACCUCGCGGGCUCCAUGGAGCUUGCCCGCAAGGCAAGCGAGGACGCCCACAGGAGGCAACAAGGAAGGGCGGCUGGAUCUCCGACGACCCUUGGCCUCAGCACCAGCGCCGCAUCCGCCCCAUCGACCCCCGGCGGCAGCGGCUGCGGCGGCGGCUUCGACCGCAGCCGCCCUGAUCUCGCCGAGAGUGGGAACAGGAAGCAGGAUCCCUUGAGCUUGCGGGCCAGGAAGCACACUCAGUGCCACAGAGAGCUCAACUCGGCGGCCGGCCAGAUGAAAAUGGCUAUCAAAACUGGGCUCGAGCUCAAGGGCGACCCCCGGAUCGAUGCUACCACGGACAAACACUUCGAGGAGAACCUGAGCUCGCGGCUGCUGCUGACCACGGAGGUUUUGGGCGUCACGUGGCAGAAUGGCGAUUUCGAGGAGAAGUACGCCACGGUGGAGAACAUCCAGACUCGCACCGAGAUGAACGACGCGGCCUUGAAAGACAGGUUCGCCCAGCUCGGCGCCUUGAAGCCAGUCGACAACGAGAAGAGUUGCAAGACGUUUAUCAGCAUCAGUCAACGGAUCGACGAGCUUCCAGGAUGCACUGAAAUUGAUGCGAUUAUCAGGGUGGUCGAGGACUGGUCUUCUGUGCAAGUUUGCUGGACGCAGUUGUCGAGGGGCCUCAAAAGGGCCAUCGCAGACCUGACAGCCGCCAUGAAGGAGCGAGAGUCGACGAAGAAGAAAGAGGCCGAGAGGGAUAAGAAGCACAAGGAGAGACUGGCCGUUGCUACCAAGGCGAAGGCCUUGAAGGACAUGGAGGCCGAGGAAAAGCAGCUCUCAACUGGUACAGUGCAGAUCUUCAACAUCCAGGCGACGCUCGGCAGUGACCGCGUGAACACUAUCACAACUUAUGACGGCCAGAGUCUUCAAGAAGCUGUUCGGAAGGACCUCCUUUCCCCGGCCUUGCCCUUCAUUGUCCAGGGCUCAGAUGCCAUCUCAGGCCUUCGGACGGGAGCAGACGGUGAUAUUCUCAACGGUGUCUUGACGAGGUUCAGCGCGCAGUUCCCGCAGAUGAUCAAUUCGAGCGUGACCAAGAUCCAGUCUCCCGUUCCAGAGACCGCAAAGCCUCAACGCAUCCUCGACGCCUCGUCCGCUUUCAUUACGGCGGUGAAGCCCUCUGAUAAGGUCAAGGAGCUUUCGGGGUGCGAGAGGAUCUUCAACACGUGUUGGCUCUAUGGCAUGACUGCGGGCUUCCCGUCCGCUGGCAAGGAGCCUCAGGGGGUCGCGCAGCUUCGCGCCAACUUGGGGACUGCCAUGAAGGUCAUCAUGGCUCCGAUUGCGCACCUGACGGCCCUGGCUGCACACAAGUACGACAUCAGUCGUGAGAGCGUGACUUCCAACACGCUGCUCAAGUACAUGCAACAGGUGACCACCGAGGACGGGGCAUCCACGGACCUGACUCUCCAUGUUGGUCGCGUGCAGAAGGACUCGGUGUUGUUCGCCCCAGCUGGUUGGUAUUUGGUUAUGCAGGUGCCCCCCGAUUCGCCGGACGCCACUGCCGUCGGUUUCGGCGUCCGCACGGCGAUCCCGCCGCCAGGUGACAGCCAUAUCGCCGCGAAAGAUUACUUCGACACGCACGCGCUGCUGAGGGCGGACCUCUCGGUCGCCACGGCGGUCCCUUCGGCGCUGAACCAGAAGCUCUUGAUGACCAUCAAGCGGGACUUGAACAUCCUGACCUCGAUCCGCGACAGCUUGCCG